AUGAACGCGGAGAGUCGUGCUGAUCGUGUGGCGGAGGAGCUGGCUUCUCGCGUCGCGCAGCGUUCCACUCUGUCGAGCAAUGCCGCUCCUUUCAUACCCUCAUAUUUGCGUUCACAAGCGGUUACAACGGAGUCCCAGCAGCAGCUUGGGAGUGGUGGCCCCGAGCCCGUACCCGCUUCGGUGCAAAGCGAGAUCAUGGAGAAGGGGCUGGAGGAGUUCUACUGUAACUCCGACACCUACACUCAGCUCCCAUCACAUGCCAGCUUGGCCACAACGGCGGCGGUGGCGUCUAGCGCCCUGGCCACAUUCAGUGGUAUGACGGAGGAUCAGCUGCGGCAGCUGGAGGAGUACCUGUGGGAUCCUACACAGGAUGAGAACGGCACGCUACCAGAAGACGGGCGCCUCUUCGUCAACGACGACGACGGUAUGGGCGCCGAGGAGGAGGCGUGGCUCAUCGAGCAGAUGAUGGAGUCCGACGCGGCAAAGCAAGAGGCCGAUGCUGAGCAAGCAGUGGCGUCGAAGAAAGCCGCAGUAGUAGUAGUAGAAGGCGCGGAGGACGAAGAGUCGCCAGAACAAGGUGUGCAAAAGGAUACAGCUUAA